AUGGAAUGGAGAUUGGAGUUGAAGGGUUGUUUGGUGAUGAUGGGUGAUGGAGUUGAUGUUGAUGUUGAUGAUGGUGAGGGUGAGGGUGAUGAUGGUGGAAGUUGGAGGGAGAUGCAGCGAGGUUGUAGGAGAAAAGACGCCAAGAAACCCACUGUGGAGAUGCGAUUGACCAGCGCCGAAGCCUACGUGGCCCCUUCAUCAUUUCCACCAAGCAAAAUUACAAGAAUUCCCGGUUUUGACAUCCCAUUGGCCGAACACGGUUACAUUGAGCAUGUUUCAGGAGCGUACGGCGGUACCCAUUGGCGGAAUUUCUGCUCCAGUCGGGACAUUGCGCCGGAGCCGCCCGUGCAUGUCGCUGAAGAAAAAGUCGGCUUUGUCGCCGGCAGCCCAGGAAAGUCGUCUUGUUGGACAGCACACUCAGCUCGGAUUGGCAGCUAA